GAUAUAUACAAGCAGGACUUUCAGUUGUCUGUUGAAGUAUUGUCGUAACGGAUCGUUCGGAUUAAAGCGACUACAUUAAUCCAGGUCGAAGUAUUCGCGUUAAGAAGAGGGAUACACCGACGCUAACAAGAUAAAAAUCAUGGCAUUGACGUUAGCGCUACCGUUAAUGGGUCUAGAUCCGGAAUGCUUUUCCACAUUGAGCAUGAAGCUUCUUAAGCUCGAGAACGAACAGAACUCGAGAAAUUCACUCGAAUCCGGACGGGUUUCUCCAAGUACCGGAAGCGAGUCCAGCGGUAUCAGCAGUCUCGCACUGUCCAGCGAAUCCGCGUCAGCCGAAUUAACGCCGAUUUCAUCGAGACCGGAGACUCCCGUCAGAGCGCCGAACAAGGAGAAGAUACAUACACCAAUUCGCAUAAUGCACGGAGGACGUGACAUAUUGAAUUUGGGAGCAAAUAUCAGGCCAUCGUUCAAUUGGGAAAUAAUAGAUCGAAAGUUGUCUCGACAUGAGAUUCAGCAUAUUAUAGCCAAUCGUUCAGUAUAUUAUCGACUACGCGAACAACCGCUUAAUGAUUAUUCAGUGAAACGCUGCGACGAAUGUGGAUUUUGCGAACAAUCAUGCAUCUUUUAAUCGAGGUGACCAUAAAAUAAUUAACGUGACAAUAAUGCCCAACGUGCGACAUCGUGGACAACUAAACUGUGAUAGAUCGAAUAAGCGGCAGCCGGAAACGGAGACGUAUCAUAAAUCGAGCGUGUAUAGAUGUAUAUAAGAUUAUGUAUAGAUCUAAAUAUUUAGAAGGGGACGCGACAUAUUUCGCAACAUGAAACGUGAAUAUGAUAAUAAUUCAUAUCAUUUACAAUUAUAUUAACAACUUUGUUUAUUACUCGUAUAUUGAGGAAGAUAUCUAGUUAAGUUAGAGAAAUUCGAGUGUAUAUAUGUAUAUUUAAAUGAUAUACGUUCCUCUACCGGAUACGGGCUGCAAUGAUCUUCCUAUUCUUAUUAUAAGAGAGUGAUGAAAUUAAGAUAAGAGCUGAAGUGAAUUUUACGUGAAUCAGAAUAAAAAU